AUGGCAAAAUAACUUCCAAAUAGUUCAAGGGAUAGGAUGACCCUAAUCGAUCUACUUUUUGAUGAAUGCUAUUAAAAAUAGAAGACUUUACCUUAGAAUGUUCCAAAAAUCAAUAUGAAACCAAGUUUGAAGAAAUCAGCACCAAUAAUAUAAUCUUUAGAAUACAAGAUUUAAGCAAAAGAAUCAUCAAUCAAAUAAAAAGAUAAAGCAUCAAAUGUUUAUUCAAUAAAUGAAUUAAUAAUCUAAAAUCCUCAAAAACAAUUAAAGGAGUAUUAACAGGUAUAGAAUUCACAAAAUAAAUUACUGGAAUUAUUAAAACCUAUUAACUUUAAGAAAUAAAAGAAAAAGGAGAACUUUAGACUGCAUAACAGUGAGAACUGCUCAUUAAAUUCUUAUAAACUACCAAAUGUGUCUUCAAGAUAUAUCAAUCAAAAUGUUAGUAAUAGUAAUUCAUAUAGAAUACAAAUAAGAUAAUCAGUUUAGGAUAUAAUUAAAUGCAAAAUAUGUUUUACAUAUAUAGAUUAUGAUAAUUAUAAAUUGUUUUGUAAACACAGUUAUCAUAAGGACUGUUUAAGAGAGAUAAUACUAUUUGAAUUGUAUUAGUUGCAAUGA